CAUUCAGUUGCCUCAAACCCUAGCCGCGUUGCCGCAGCUCCCGCAACAGAGAAACCUUGGAACUCUGCUUCUGCCAAAAUGGGUAUCUCUCGAGAUUCCAUGCACAAGAGACGUGCCACUGGAGGCAAGAAGAAGGCGUGGAGGAAGAAGCGAAAGUAUGAGCUCGGAAGGGUGCCUGCUAACACCAAACUGUCCAGCAACAAGACAGUGAGGAGGAUCAGGGUUCGAGGUGGAAAUGUGAAGUGGCGUGCUUUGAGGCUCGACACAGGAAAUUUCUCUUGGGGUAGUGAGGCUGUGACCAGGAAGACCCGUCUUCUUGAUGUUGUCUACAAUGCAUCUAACAAUGAGCUGGUGCGUACUCAAACCUUGGUGAAGGGUGCCAUUGUUCAGGUUGAUGCAGCACCUUUCAAGCAGUGGUAUUCUACCCACUAUGGUGUUGAAAUUGGGCGCAGGAAGAAAACUGCAGCUGCUAUCAAGAAAGAAGCAGAGGACGGUGAGGCCGCUACUGCCGCUGCCGCUGCCGCUGAGGAGGUGAAGAAGAGCAAGCAUGUAGCAAGGAAGCUAGAGAAGCGUCAGCAGACUCGUGUGCUUGACCAGCAUAUUGAGGAACAAUUUGGUGGUGGUCGUCUAUUGGCUUGCAUCUCUUCACGACCUGGUCAAUGUGGCCGUGCAGAUGGAUACAUCUUGGAGGGCAAAGAGCUGGAGUUUUACAUGAAGAAGCUCCAGAAGAAGAAGGGAAAGGGAGCAGCUGCCUAAAAUUUUGCUGUUUGAACUUAGUCAUUUUAGACUCAGAAUAUGCCGUUUCCUUCCUCCUUUCUUACUUUUUAAUGGAUUGCAGUUUUUUCAGUUGAAGUUGAAAACAAUCUUUUUAUGGUUGAAUGUUUAAUCAGGAGUUACAUUCUUAUGUUUGUUUUUGGACUAAUCUCAUUUUGGGUAAAGUAUGACACUGUAAGUUUUAUUGAA